AACCAAUUAUUUCUUUUCUUUUGUUUGAUAUCCAAAAUUAGAGUAAAUGAAACCACGAGAACUAGGAUACAGUCAUCCUAGCCAGUAACUCUGUUGUCUCUGGGGGUUCCCAUGAUAAGAUUCACUUUGAAUAACUGACACCAAUGAGAACAGGUUGGAUUUCUCUGCUUGGUUGGUCUAAAUGAUGAUCACAUCAUCUUCUACAGUGGAGGAGAACAGAAGUAUACCUGCAACUUAAGCUGCCCUAUUCAGUCCAACCUGAAAAAGUCAAGCAUGUCUGGUGCAGACAGCAGAGAGGUUCAAGAGAAGCAGCUUUGGGAUGACGUUGCUGACAAGGAGCAAAGACUGACACCCAGUAGAUGCAACCAUGCUGGAAACAUGUCUCAGCCUGAGAAGAAACUCCAAGAGGCCAUUUGUGUGCUGCUGGUGGAGCUGUGUGAGAGAUUCACAUUCUUUGGCAUUGUCUGCAACAUGAUCCUCUUUUGCACUGUCAGACUUGGCUAUCGUAACUACCAGGCAGCUAUUGUCAAUAUGUGCUUCGUAGGCACCUCCAUGUUGACGCCAGUACUGGUUGGCUGGCUUGCCGAAUGCCUUGUGGGAAGGACCAAGCUUGUGUGCAUCUGCAUGUUUCUACACUUCCUAGGCACAGCCCUGCUACCUGUUGUGGCUUUCCCAUUUGAAGACAUUUACAUUGACAGACGACACAUUCUUCUUCAUACGCUAACAAAAAAAGAGCAGAAAAUAGUAUUCUACUUUGCACUACUCACAGCUAGCCUGGGAAUAGGAGGCAUAAGAGCUAUAGUUUGUCCAUUAAGUGCAUACAACCUUGAGGACUGUGGACCAAAGGAACUUCUUUCUUUUUUCAACUGGUUUUAUUGGUUGAUUAACUUAAAUUCAGCGGUUGUCUUUGUUAGUAUCUCUUAUAUCCAGCAGUCUGUGGCCAGGAACCUUGGUUUUCUUAUCCCAUUUGUGUCCAUACUUAUGGCUAUGAUCACAAUUCACAUGGUGCGUGGUGAAAUGAUUUACAAACCCAAAACAGACAGUUCACUUCUGACGACUUUUGGGGUAAUUGCUAGUGCACUGAAAACUUGCUGUGUGCAGUAUCGCUACUUUGGUGGAGGUGUAACAAACUGGCUAGAUCACGCCAAGGAAAACUAUGGUGGUCAGUACAGUGAGAUUCAAGUGGAAAGCACAAAGUCACUUGCCAGGCUCUUCCCACUGUUUGCUUUCCAAAUUCUGUACAGAACGUGUAUUAUGCAGAUUCCGUCAGGAUAUUAUCUCCAAACCAUGAAUUCCAACUUGAACUUCAGUGGAUUUGUCUUGCCAAUUGCAGCAAUGAAUGUAAUAAGCAUCGUGCCACUACUGAUUCUUGUUCCUAUUUUGGAAUGCGUUAACUCAUGUCUCUUCAGUUUCAAGGGAAGUGGACGUUCUCCUACAAUUUAUAUCGUUGUAGGUCAGUUAUCUGCUGCGCUUUCUGUGAUGGUUGCUGGUUUCUCUGAAAUACACCGAAAGCAUUUCCCUCAGGUGGAACAGACCCUUUCUGAGGAGAUUCUCCUGGUCUCCUCCAUGCCUUGCUUCCACUUAGCUCCUCAGUACGUCUUACUUGGAGUGGCUGAAGCCUUGGUAACACCUUCCUGCUUAAUGAGCAGAUUUAUGCUUUACCUGCUUGAAGUAGCAUGGUUUGUCUUGCUGGCUGUAAUGCAGAGCGAGCAAUGUUUUUCCAAAUUAACUGGAAGGUUCUGCAGCAGCCUGGUCAGAUCCCCUGGGUUGUGUAAUCCACCGCUGGGGGGGCAGAGGGGGAUGAGGAGAGUGGUGGGAUCUGGGGCUUGGAUGCAUGGCUGGUCUUGAAGUGGAAGCUGGUCAGGCAGUGGGAUGAUUCGAAUGAGAUCCUGAGGUCUCUUUAUCUCCUGUUCUCAACUAUUUUGUAACUGAUUUUCCUGAGACUGAACAAACACAUGCAUGACAAUGGAGCUGUGGUUACAGUCUUUGAGCACUUUCAGGCCACCAAAGCAACGUGAAGCAAUUUAUCUUAACCCUUUUAAUUUAAGGACCCAGCUAAUGAAAUUACUAUGUUUUUCAUUGACAGAGCAUAUGCAGGUGGGUACCACAAUUCAAUUGACACAGUAACUUGAGGAAUAUUGUAGGUAGAUGCAGGACUUCUGUUUGUGCUCCAAUCAGGAGUCAUGCAAAGAUGCCUUCAUCAUGCCUUUGUUUAUGUAAUGGAGCCAGAGAUAAACAUUCCUGUUUUGCAGAGCAUAGGCAAAGCCUAGCUCAUGCUUACUAUCCAUAAGCUAUGUAGAUAUACUCCUGAUUACAAAUCUGUACCUUCUUUUCCUUCUAUAACUUAUCUUUCAAAACUGCACUGACGUU